CGCUGGGUCCCCGCGGCCGUCUUUAUAAAGCCCGCGGGGGAGGCGGCCCCGGCAGCUGCGUCGAGCUCCCGCUCUCCCGGCGCACCGACCCCCGCCCCCAGUCACUUGAGCAGGACAGACCCUCGACCUUGGCCAGCUCCGCGUGGGAUCGGAACAUCUGUUAACAUCAGCUAACGGCUGGUCCGUGCCAGCCCACCUCCUCCCACCCACGUGGACCAAAACCUCUGGGCUCCAGAGAGAGAGCGGGACUCAGCAAGCCAUGAUUUCACCAUUCUUAGUGCUGGCCAUUGGGACCUACCUUACCAGCGCCUUAGUGCCAGAGAAAGAGAAAGACCCCAAGUACUGGAGAGACCAAGCCCAGCAGACCCUGAGAAAUGCCCUCCGCCUCCAGCAGCUCAACACCAACGUAGCCAAGAAUGUCAUCAUGUUCCUGGGAGACGGGAUGGGCGUCUCCACGGUGACAGCUGCCCGAAUCCUCAAGGGCCAGCUCCACCACAACCCAGGCGAGGAGACUCGGCUGGAGAUGGACAAAUUCCCCUAUGUGGCGCUCUCCAAGACGUACAACACCAACGCCCAGGUCCCCGACAGCGCGGGCACGGCCACCGCCUACCUGUGCGGGGUGAAGGCCAAUGAGGGCACCGUGGGGGUGAGUGCUGCCACCCAGCGCUCCCAGUGCAAUACCACGCAGGGCAACGAGGUCACGUCCAUCCUGCGCUGGGCCAAGGAUGCGGGGAAAUCUGUGGGUGUCGUCACCACCACGCGAGUCAACCAUGCCACCCCCAGCGCCUCCUAUGCCCACUCCGCCGACCGGGACUGGUACUCAGACUACGAGAUGCCCCCCGAGGCCCUGAGCCAGGGCUGCAAGGACAUCGCCUACCAGCUGGUCCAUAACAUCAGAGACAUCGAGGUGAUUAUGGGAGGUGGCCGGAAGUACAUGUUCCCCAAGAAUAAAACCGACGUGGAGUAUGAGACGGACGAGAAGGCCAGGGGCACAAGGCUGGAUGGCCUCAACCUCGUCGACAUCUGGAAGAGUUUCAAGCCAAGAAACAAGCUCUCUGCCUACGUCUGGAACCGCACCAAGCUCAUGGCCCUGAACCCCUACUCUGUGGACUACCUCUUGGGUCUCUUUGAGCCAGGGGACAUGCAGUACGAGCUGAACCGGAACAACGUGACCGACCCGUCGCUCUCAGAGAUGGUGGAGGUGGCCAUCAAGAUCCUGAGCAAGAACCCCAAAGGCUUCUUCUUGCUGGUGGAAGGAGGCAGGAUUGACCAUGGGCACCACGAGGGCAAGGCCAAACAGGCCCUCCAUGAGGCAGUGGAGAUGGACAGGGCCAUCGGGCUGGCAGGCACCAUGACCUCCCUGGAGGACACGCUGACCAUCGUCACCGCUGACCACUCCCACGUCUUCACCUUUGGCGGGUAUACCCCUCGAGGCAACUCCAUCUUUGGUCUAGCCCCCAUGGUGAGUGACACGGACAAGAAGCCCUUCACUUCCAUCCUGUAUGGCAACGGGCCUGGCUACAAGGUGGUGGGUGGUGAGCGAGAGAACGUCUCCAUGGUGGACUAUGCUCACAACAACUACCAGGCGCAGUCUGCCGUGCCCCUGCGCCACGAGACGCACGGCGGGGAGGACGUGGCCGUCUUCGCCAAGGGCCCCAUGGCCCACCUGCUGCACGGCGUCCACGAGCAGAACUACAUCCCACACGUCAUGGCGUAUGCAGCCUGCAUCGGUGCUAACCGCGACCACUGCUCCUCGGCCAGCUCUGCCAGCAGCCCCGCUGCGGGCCCCCUGCUGCUCCCGCUGGCCCUGCUGCUUCCAGGCCUCCUCUUCUGAGGGCUCGGGGCCCGGCGCCCACCCAUGACAGAGAGCCAGCCUCUCCCAGCUCUGCCGACUGCCCGGCGGGGGCUGCUCUCGCCUCUGCAGCUGCCAGAACGGGAAACCAAAGUCUGCUGCCUGCCUCGCUCCCCUCCGGACACCCUCCGCGGGGGCCAGACUCAGCCUGGCCUCCGGCCUCCGGCCCUCCCCGCUGACUCUUUGGCCAUCAAGGAGAGUUUCUCUUGGGCAGGCAGAGAGUACAGACUGCAGAAAUUCUCAAAGCAUCUUAUUUUUCUAGCAAACAUUUCUCCAGACCCAGAGGCCCUGGGGUGUCCAUGGAACAUUCCAGAUCUGACCUCUCUCCCUUCUCCUUCCUUCUGGAACUCACCAGGCCCCUCCAUGCCCAUGGCUCUUGUCCCCAAGCCUGGCCCUACCUAUUGGGGAGAUCAAGUGCUUUUCCCGGGGGCAGGGCUGUCUCACCCACUGUUCCAAGCGCCCCGGACUCCUAGGAAGGGCACCUCUGGCUCCGACUGUCCAGCUUCAGGGUGGCCUGCUAAGACAUGCAGCUAGCAGGGUGGACACAGCCCAGCUCUGAACACGCAUGCCAGCUCGCCUCUGAAGCGACUCUCCUGUUUGGAAUGGCGUUUCCUCCCUCUUUUUGGUGUUGGUGAAAAGAGAACACAAAACAUUCAAAUAAAACUCUCCAAAUAUU